CACACCUUGAGCAAAUUCACAGGGAGCUCCAAUGGCCAAUUCUCUCUCCAAUAUGUCUCUUACCUUCAAAACACCCCAGCACCAUCCUUGUCAAUCUGGAAAACCCUUUUCAUUUCCAGUUUUUAGCCAAAUAUCUCGAUAUGGGUGCUUGGAAAGAAGAGAAUUCAUUGCAAGAAAGCAUACCACAGGCCGAGUUUUGUCAAAACCCAGUGAUUCCUUAUCAUCCACCAGAACUGAAUUUGUAAAACAAGCUCAUGAAGAAGAAGUGACAAGGAAAAAGCAAGCAGAGAAAAGAUUAGUCGAUUGUUGGCAAGAUAUGCAUGGUGAAGAUGAUUGGGUUGGUUUGCUUGAUCCAAUGGACCCUCUCUUACGCACUGAGCUCAUUCGAUACGGUGAAAUGGCACAAGCUUGUUACGAUGCUUUCGACUUUGAUCCUUCUUCCAUGUACUGUGGAAGUUGCAGAUUCAACAGACACAGUUUCUUCGACCGUCUAGGCAUGGUCGACCAUGGCUAUGAAGUUUCUCGAUACCUCUACGCCACCUCCAACAUCAACCUCCCAAAUUUCUUCAAGAAAUCAAGAUGGCCCAAAGUGUGGAGUAAAAAAGCCAACUGGAUCGGAUACGUAGCAGUUUCAAACGACGAAACAUCGAAGCGUUUAGGCCGGCGAGACAUAACCAUCGCCUGGAGAGGAACGGUGACACGGCUGGAAUGGAUCGCCGACUUGAUGGAUUUCCUCCGGCCGAUCUCCGACGACAAAAUACCAUGCCCAGAUCCAACGGUCAAGGUUGAAUCUGGGUUUCUCGAUCUCUACACCGACAAGAACGAAACUUGCCGGUUCUGCAAAUUUUCAGCCAGAGAACAAAUCUUAACCGAAGUAAAGAGACUGUUAGAAAAAUACCCAGAUGAGGAAUUGAGUAUAACGAUCACAGGCCAUAGUUUAGGAGCUGCAUUGGCGAUAAUGAGUGCCUAUGAUCUCGUUGAAACGGGUCUGAAUGUACAGAAGAACAGUAGGGCUGUGCCGAUUUGUGUGUUCUCUUUUUCUGGUCCGAGGGUUGGGAAUGUGAGGUUUAAGGAGAGGCUUGAGAGAUUGGGAGUGAAGGUUUUGAGAGUGGUGAAUGUUCAUGACAUAGUUCCGAAGUCGCCGGGAUUGUUUUUCAAUGAAACAUUGCCGGCGAUGUUGAUGAAACUCGCCGAGAAUUUGCCGUGGAGUUAUUCGCACGUUGGGGUCGAGCUUGCCUUGGAUCACAAUAACUCCCCGUUCUUGAAAGAAGAUGGCGACCCGGUUUGUGCCCAUAACUUGGAAGCUCACUUGCAUCUUCUUGACGGAUACCAUGGGAAAGGCCAUAGAUUUGUGCUAGCAAGUGGAAGAGACAUUGCACUUGUGAACAAGGCUUGUGACUUCUUGAAGGACCACCACUGUGUUCCACCUAACUGGAGGCAAGAUGAGAACAAAGGAAUGGUGAGAAGCAAGGAUGGGCGUUGGAUUCAGCCUGAACGGCCCAGAUUGGAUGACCACCCAGAUGACAUGAACCAUCACCUCAAAACAUUGGGCCUCUCUUAGACUCACUAGAAGCAAGGAAUUUCAAGGUCAGGGAUUCAAAGGUCAAAAAAAAUGAAUUAUGAAGGGCAUUCUUUUUUUGUUUUUCCUUUUCUUUUUAGGGUUUUUUUUUUUUUUUGGAAUCGAAAGGUUGAACUCGUCAUGUAAAUUUAGG